AGUUGUUCUUUACAUUGUUUCAAGAAAAAAUGGCUGUCACUAUCGUGGCUUCACCACCCUUCAUAAUAUUCCUCCUCUUUUUUGUAGCAAAACUCAUGCAUCUAAGAAUUAAUAGCAAACAACGCUUAAUCAAGGCCCAGCUACCCCCGGGGCCUGUCCCCUGGCCUAUCAUCGGGUGCAUACCUGAGAUGCUACGGCGAAAACCAACGUUCAGGUGGAUCCUUGGCUGGAUGAAGGAGAUGGACACUGACAUUGCGUGCUUUCGCUUCGGGAAUGUCCACGUGAUCCCAGUGACUUGCCCCACGAUUGCCCAAGAGUUCCUGAAGAAGCAAGAUGCCGUUUUUGCUUCGAGGCCAUUGUCUGUGGCUGCUGGCACCUUCAGUGGCGGAUAUAAAACCACCAUUUUAUCACCCUAUGGAGAAACUUGGAAGAAAAUGAGGAAGGUGUUAAACUCAGAAGUCGUUUCUCCGGCGAGGCACCAGUGGCUCCAUGAUAAAAGAAUCAUGGAAGCCGAUAACCUAGUCUGGUACAUUUACAAUCAGAGCAAAAACUUUGGGAGAGUGAACCUGAGAACUGCAUGCCGGCAAUAUACCGGGAAUGUGAUGCGGAGAUUAAUGUUCAAUCAGAGAUAUUUUGUAGAGAAGAUCAUCGAUGAUGGAGCUCCAACAUCCCGGGAAGAGGAGCAUGUGGAAGCUCUCUUCGAGACUCUAAGGUACCUCUAUGCAUUCUGCAUAUCAGACUACUUACCUUUCUUGGCAGGGCUUGAUUUAGACGGCCAUGAAAAGAUUAUUAAGGAAGUUCAUGAGACCAUUCUUAAGUACCAUGAGCCUAUAAUAAGAGAGAGGAUCCAAAAAUGGAGGGAGGACGACGGUCGCAACUUCCGAGCGGAAAAUGAGUUGGAAAAGAUUGAGCCUCAGGACCUGCUCGAUGUUCUGAUUUCACUUAAGGACGCACGGGAGAAGCCUCUGCUUACACAGGAAGAGAUUAUAGCACAGACCUGGGAGAUCAUGAUCGCGGGAAUUGAUAAUCCAGCAAAUGCAGUGGAAUGGGCCAUGGCAGAGAUGAUUAAUAACCCUGAGAUCCUCAGCAAGGCCGUGGAAGAAGUAGACAAGGUUGUGGGAAAAGAGAGACUUGUCCAGGAACAAGACAUUCCUAACCUUAACUACAUCAAGGCAUGCGCUAGGGAAGCCUUUAGGCUUCAUCCACUACAUUCCUUCAACCCCCCGCAUCUGUCCUUAUCCGAGACCAUUGUCGCUGGCUAUCGUAUCCCGAAGGGAAGCCACGUUAUUCUAAGCCGAAGAGGACUAGGCAGAAAUCCUAAAGUCUGGGACAGGCCACUGGAAUUCAAACCAGAGAGGCACCUCUUUAACGGAGGCAAUGCAAAUAGGUGCAAUGGCUCCCCCGAGGAGGUUUUGCUCACGGAGCCUAACCUGAGAUUCAUAUCCUUUAGCACAGGGCGUCGAGGCUGUAUCGGGAUAACUCUUGGGACAGUUAUGACGGUAAUGCUACUUGCAAGGAUUGUUCAGGGAUUUUCGUGGAUGAAGCCGCCGGAACUAUCAAAUAUUAGCCUCAAAGAGUCAGAUCGCGAUUUGUCGCUGGCCAAUCCGUUGGCCCUAUGUGCUGAACCUCGCGUGCCUUCACAUCUUUACGUACCCAUAAUUAACGAGUGAGAUUAUAUCUAUGCUAGAGUGAGGUUAAUUAUCGAAAUACGUGACCUUCAAUAAUAUAAAAAUAAAUAAAUCCUCUGAGAAUGGAAUAUUAUGUUGUGAUAUGCGAGUAUGGAAUAUUAUGUUGUGAUACGCGUUAUACUCUGGAAAGAGGUUUCGGGGUUGAUAUUUAGCAGUGGAAUUUUCUGUAUGCAUUUGUUUAGCUUUCCAUUUAUAUGUACGAAAUAAUCAUGUACACAAUGCAAGCGAAAGUAUUAUAAGUUGAUGCAUUA